AUGGAGGUGGACGCCGAGGAGAAGCGCCAUCGGACACGGUCCAAAGGGGUUCGAGUUCCCGUGGAACCAGCCAUACAGGAGCCCUUCAGCUGUCCCACGCCGGGCUGUGACGGCAGCGGUCACGUCAGUGGCAAAUACGCAAGACACAGAAGCGUGUAUGGCUGCCCCUUGGCUAAAAAAAGAAAAACGCAGGAUAAGCAGCCCCAAGAGCCUGCUCCCAAGCGGAAACCAUUCGCCGUGAAAGCCGACAGCUCCUCGGUGGACGAGUGUUAUGAGAGCGAGGGCUCGGAGGACGUGGAUGACAAGGAGGAGGACGAGGAGGAGUACUCGGAGGACGAGGACGAGCGCAGGGAGGAGGACGAGGAGGAUGAGGAAGGCGACCGAGAGGAGGAGGAGGAGCUAGAGGAGGAGGAGGACGAUGACGACGAGGAUGGGGAGGACGUGGAAGAUGAGGAGGAGGAUGACGAGGAGGAGGAGGAGGACGACGAGGAGGAGGACGAGAAUGAAGACCAUCAAAUGAACUGUCACAAUACUCGAAUAAUGCAAGACGCAGAAAAGGAUGAUAACAAUAAUGAUGAGUACGAUAAUUACGAUGAGCUGGUGGCCAAGUCCUUGUUGAACCUCGGCAAGAUUGCCGAGGACGCAGCCUACCGGGCCAGGACUGAGUCGGAGAUGAACAGCAACACGUCCACCAGCCUGGACGACGGCAGCGACAGGAACGAGACGCUGGGCCGGAAGAGCGAGCUGAGCCUGGAUCUGGACAGCGACGUGGUAAGAGAGACGGUGGACUCCCUGAAGCUGCUGGCGCAGGGACACGGUGUGGUGCUCGCAGACAACCUCGGCGACAGGGCGUACGCAGACUCUCUGUCGCAGCAGGACAGCAGGAACAUGAACUACGUGAUGUUGGGCAAGCCCAUGAACAACGGGCUCGUGGACAAGAUGGUGGAGGAGAGCGACGAGGAGGUGUGUCUGAGCAGCCUGGAGUGCCUGAGGAAUCAGUGCUUCGAUCUGGCCCGGAAACUGAGCGAGACGAACCCGCAGGACCGGAGCCAGCCCCCGAACAUGAACAUCCGCCAGCACGCCCGUCAGGAGGACGACUUCGCGGGGAGGACGCCGGACAGGAGCUACUCCGACAUGAUGAACCUCAUGCGGCUCGAGGAGCAGCUGAGUCCCAGGUCUAGAACUUUCUCCAGCUGUGCAAAGGAGGACGGGUAUCACGAACGAGAUGACGACACCACCUCCGUGAACUCGGACAGGUCUGAGGAGGUGUUUGACAUGACCAAGGGGAACCUGACCCUCCUGGAGAAAGCCAUCGCUCUGGAGACAGAAAGGGCGAAGGCCAUGAGGGAGAAGAUGGCGAUGGAGGCCGGAAGGCGGGACAAUGCGCGGUCCUAUGAAGAGCAGUCGCCAAGACAGCUUCCCGGGGAGGAGAGAAAGCCUAAGUCCAGUGACAGCCAUGUCAAAAAGCCAUACUAUGGUAAAGAUCCCUCGAGAGCAGAAAAGAAAGAGAGCAAGUGUCCCACCCCGGGGUGUGACGGAACUGGCCACGUAACCGGGCUUUACCCACAUCACCGCAGUUUGUCUGGAUGCCCGCACAAAGAUAGGGUCCCUCCGGAAAUUCUUGCCAUGCAUGAGAAUGUUCUCAAGUGUCCUACUCCGGGCUGCACAGGGCGAGGGCAUGUAAAUAGCAACAGAAACUCGCACAGAAGCCUCUCUGGAUGUCCUAUUGCUGCCGCGGAGAAACUGGCAAAGGCCCAGGAGAAGCACCAGAGCUGCGAUGUGUCCAAGUCCAACCAGGCCUCAGACCGCGUGCUAAGGCCAAUGUGCUUUGUCAAGCAGCUCGAGAUCCCUCACUACGGCUACAGAAACAACGUCCCCACGACCACGCCUCGCUCCAACCUGGCCAAAGAGCUAGAGAAAUAUUCCAAGACCUCGUUUGAGUACAACAGUUACGACAGCCAUACUUACGGCAAGCGGGCCAUAGCCCCCAAGGUGCAAACCAGGGAUAUAUCCCCCAAAGGAUAUGAUGCGAAGCGGUACUGCAAGAACGCCAGCCCCAGCAGCAGCACCACCAGCAGCUACGCGCCCAGCAGCAGCAGCAACCUGAGCUGCGGGGGCGGAAGCAGCGCCAGCAGCACGUGCAGCAAGAGCAGCUUCGACUACGCGCACGACAUGGAGGCGGCGCACAUGGCCGCCACGGCCAUCCUCAACCUGUCCACGCGCUGCCGAGAGAUGCCGCAGAACCUGUCCACCAAGCCGCAGGACCUGUGCGCCGCGCGGAACCCCGACAUGGAGGUGGAUGAGAACGGGACUCUGGACCUCAGCAUGAACAAGCCACGGCCGCGGGAGAGCUGCUGCCCGGUCCUGACGCCCCUGGAGCCCAUGUCCCCCCAGCAGCAGGCGGUGAUGGGUGGCCGGUGUUUCCAGCUGGGCGAGGACGACUGCUGGGAGCUGCCCGUGGACUACACCAAGAUGAAGCCCCGCAGGGCGGACGGGGGCGACACCAGCGAGGCCCCUCCGGAAGACUUGGACCCAUUCCAGGAGGCUCUGGAGGAGAGAAGGUACCCGGGAGAGGUGACCAUCCCCAGCCCCAAGCCCAAGUACCCCCAGUGCAAGGAGAGCAAAAAGGACUUAAUAACUCUGUCCGGCUGCCCCCUCGCUGACAAAAGCAUUCGAAGCAUGCUGGCUACCAGCUCACAAGAACUCAAGUGCCCGACCCCCGGCUGCGACGGCUCUGGGCACAUCACCGGCAACUACGCUUCUCAUCGAAGACGCCAGGCCACCACGUGGCGCCUUCCCCGUGGGGUCUUCACGGCCCCAGACCGCCCGCCCCCUGACGCCCCACCCGUCCUGCACCUGCGUCCGCCUGUGAGAGACUCCUCGGGUCACCCAGCAGCAGCCGUUCUAAAGCAGAAGAGGACAGGGCAAAGGACCAUCGCUGGCAUAGAAUAA